CAGAAUUCAAAAUGAUUAUAGCUACUAUAUCCGAGACUUAGUGGAUUUUUCGAAUUAUAUUUCUCUUUCCACAACAAGAAUUUACAAAUAUUCCCUAAAAUUAAUAAAAAAAAAAAUCUCCAACUAGGACUCUUCUUCUAAUUAAUGCCUAUAAAACAAACUCUUCAUUCAAUGCUCUUACUAAGAAGACCCUAUGCACCUCUUUCUCUGCCCUCCAUAUAUAGCCAUGGACAAGCUUCAACUCAAGAACUUUCUGCUUCUCUGUGGACGAUCAUAUGCAGUUGCAGCAGAAAACCUGGGCAUGCAGCCAGCAUUAUCAGUGACAAAGAAAGCAAAAGAUUUGGCGGAGAAGAAGGUGACGGAAGAGACCUUUUGGAUGAGAGAUCCAAAGACUGGCAACUGGAUUCCUGAGACUCAUUUUGGCCAGAUUGAUGUUGCAGAGUUGAGAGACAAGUUCCUUACCAAAAAAGAUAAAUUUCAAACCAAUUCGACUUGAUUUCGAAUAUGGAAAGACUCCUAUUCUAUUAUAUGUCUACUACUGUCCAGUCUGCUUGUUUUCCCUUAUCCUAUAAUCAACAAAAGAUAUAAAUUUGCUGUUUUGCA